CAAAUAAGAUUAGUCCUGCUCAGUUCCAACAAGAAGUCAAUAAAUUAUUUAGAAUUAAUAAAAAUGAAUACAAUGCGAGAUUUGUAAAAUUAGCUACUGAUAUUAGCACUAUAGGACGAACCUCAAUACGUGCAAUGAAUAACGAAAUAGUAGCCUUGUCCUUUACCCAAAACCAUCCUAUCGACAUGUCUAGAUUUUUCGGUUAUGACAUUAUGGCUGAUGAAAGCACACGUGGAGAAAUGAAAGUGUUAAUUAUUUGCCUUUUAUAUUGGAAUCAUAUUAAAGAAAAGCCUAUAAUUACUGUAUUAAAAGUAAAAGAUCUGAUCCACUAUAAUGCUGAAACUAUUUCAACUGAAGUAUUUGAAGCAUGUCAACAAAAAGAAAUUGACCCCCAAAAAUAUCAUUUUUGGCUAACAGAUAAUACGGCUUAUAUGUCUUCAAAGGCUAACGGUGCAAUUGCUAAAUUCAACUCAUUAGCAGCAUCUAAAUCGUUUCGAAUUCCUUGUGGGUUGCAUGCAACCCAUAUUGCCCUAACAAAUUUCAAAAAUAAGGCGUUUGGAAAGUUAGAUACUGUUAAAGGAUUGUCAUUAAAAGAGCAUCCAUAUAAUCUAUUUAAUCUUGCCUUUUACCUUCAUGACGGAUAUAAUCUUUCAGAUAAGGACA